AUGAAUCCGACAGGCCCCCUUGGGAUCCUGGAGGAGACGGAGGAGGAACACCUGUCAACCCCGAUUCUCGGGCCCUCGGUACAUUCUGAAAACUCUCAGGAGCGGAUCCAGGCCCGGCGCCUCCGCAUCGCUGCGCGCCUGGAAACCCGGAGACGGGAAGCACUGGGAGAGUAUUUGGAUGGGAAAAAGGAGAGUGAGGAAGACCAAACCAGGAGCUACAAACAGAAAGAAGAGAGCAGACUGAAAUUGGCUAAGCUGCUCUUCUGUGGCACCGAGUUGGUGACAAACAUUCAGGUGGCUACUGAUAUCAAGGAGAUCCAGCGGCGAGUGGAAGAAGAGGAGAUAAAGCGUCAGCGACUGGAGAAACUGGAGAAUGAAGUGAAGACCAGUCAGGACAAAUUUGACGAAAUCACCUCCAAAUGGGAGGAAGGCAAAAAGAAGAAGAUCCCCCAGGAGCUGUGGGACAUGCUGAACACCCAGCAGCUGCACUGCGCUGGGCUGAUCGAGGAUAAGAACAAGCUCAUCAACGAGUUACAACAGGAGCUAAAAACCAAGGAUGACCAGUACGUGAAGGAUUUAAAGAAGCAGGCCGAUGACAUCUGCCUGCUGCUGGAGAGGAUAGAAGAACAAGUCAAGAGUGUGAUGAAGACCUUCCGCCAGGAGCUUGCGCACAUUGAGAAAGCAUUUGAGAUAGAACGACAGGAGCUCCUGGCCAACAAUAAGAAGAAAUGGGAGCGGGCGCUGCAGGCUCACAAUGCCAAAGAGCUGGAGUACCUCGUCAGCCGCAUUAAGAAAGUGGAGGAAUACGAGAGGCAGCUGAACAAGCAGCGCAUCUGGGACUGCGAGGAGUACCACAUGAUCAAGAUCAAGCUGGAGCAGGACGUGCAGAUCCUUGAGCAACAGCUUCAGCAGAUGAAAGCGAUCUAUCAGCUAAACCAAGAGAAGUUAGAGUACAACUUCCAGGUGCUGAAGAAGCGAGAUGAAGAAAGCACUGUGAUCAAAUCCCAGCAGAAGAGGAAGAUCAAUCGACUGAAUGAUAUCCUGAACAAUUUGAGAUUAAAAUACACCAAGCAGAUCAGGCAGUUUCAGGAGGAGAACCAUUCCCUCACCUCAGACUACAAACGCCUUGUGAUACAAUUUAAGGAGCUACAGAGAGCCAUGAGGCGUUUUGCUAUUACUGAUGAUGAGAAGUUUCGGGAGAUUUGGCUGAUGAACGAAGAGGAGGCAAAGGGACUGAUAGGCAUCGCCUUAGAUGUAGACAAAAUCAUCUACACCCAUCAUCUGGGACUCCCCUGGACAGCCCCUGACCUCUGGUUCCUGAAAAACAAAGGACCGAUUUCCCAGCAGUUAAAGAAAUCGGCCACAGAAAUAGUAGAAGAGGUGCUGAUGCAAACAGAAGAUGAGGGGCCAGAAGAGAAUGUGUCAGAAACAGGGUCUUACCUGGACCUGCCAGCCCUUGGAAUUGAAAGUGAGGAUGACUUGUAUAAGCUGGUGAACUUCUUCCUCAAAUACCAAGCUCAUCAUCUGCCCUGGAACCAGGACCAGUCGAGUGUGGCGGUGGGUCUGGAGUCGGAGAAGUUCUCCCUGGAAGCAGGGAAGAAGGAAAACAUUCCUGAGGAGGAGCAGGAGGAGAAGGAGCCCCCGCCGUCACCCAGGCUCAUCCACCCCAAUGACGUCCUCAAGGUGCUGGAGGCCUUCGUCAUGGGUCUGAACAGGCCCAGGGACUCUUACAUGCCACUGAAGGUGCGGAAGGAAGUACGAGACAACUCGAAGGACUCCGAGUACUGGGAGGCCCUGGCCCAGGUUCUCCCGGUCUCCAGGCAGAACCUCUGGGACGCGCUGUAUGCGGCCUUGGAGAAGUACCACCUGAUCCUGACCGAGAGGGCCAAGCUGUUGGUGGAGAACAGCUCUCUGGAGCAGCAGAACACAGAGCUCCAGAUGCUGCUGCAACAAUAUCUAGGCUCCAAGAUAAACUCUCAACUGCAGGUCCCUCCCACCCAGGUGUUCCGAGUACCCAACAAAGAGAGCUAGGUCAGAAGGCGGGUGUGUCUGCGUCCG